AUGCUGAUGCUGAUGGUUGAGGAGCGAGAAAGACACCCGUCCCUUCUCUGGACCAGACACCGGACCCCAAUAGCUUUUCGAUACGAUGUAGGCCAACACUGCGAAGAGAACAUCGACGACUGCAUAGGAAACCUGUGUCAGAAUGGCGCGACAUGUGUGGACCGAGUUAAUGAGUACGCAUGUCUAUGUCCGCCGACAUUCAGAGGACCGCAGUGUGAAACUGACGUUGACGAGUGCUCGGUCCGCCCUUCUAUUUGUCACAAUGGCGGGACUUGCACCAAUUCGCAUGGAAGUUACUCCUGCAUAUGUGUUAACGGCUGGACUGGAGCUGACUGCAGUAUCAAUAUCGACGAUUGUAAUGCAGCGGCUUGCUUCAAUGGCGCUACUUGCAUCGACCGCGUUGGCAGUUUUUACUGCCAGUGCACUCCCGGAAAGACUGGUUCUCCUUGCGAGCACGAUGGAAUCUGCGUGAAUACACCGGGUUCUUUUGCCUGCAACUGUACCCAAGGAUUCACGGGACCAAGAUGUGAAACAAAUGUCAACGAGUGCGAGUCUCAUCCCUGUCAAAAUGACGGUUCCUGUCUCGACGAUCCCGGAACAUUUCGGUGUGUCUGCAUGCCAGGUUAG